AUGGAGAGAGAAGACGAGCCCGGGGUCAGCGCCAUCUCUGUUAUCUCCUCCCGUCUCCUUAUCGUUCCGAUAUAGUGUCAAACUGUAGAACCAGCAGAAUUCUAUUUCUGUCUAUAGUUCCAUGUGCCGACUUGAAUGUAGUAUUCAUUCCUCAAGUUAUUUGUCUUUUUUCUUCUGUGCUACAGAAGACCUCGAAGUCGCAGCCAGGAACCUCACGUCAGGUCGAUGGGGACGAUAUCGGCAUCCCAGUUGAAGGUAUUAGUCUCAGUGGUUCCCUGCCUACCCACAGUGCUAUGAAUAUGAGAAAAAGAAUGGGAACCAGUUUGGUCCCCAGUUCAAGAUGAAGUAUAAGAGACACCAGUUUUAUGACUGACUUCUCGGAGCCGGAUCUUAAACAUCAUCCAUUUGUGUUUCUACCCUUCAGGACGUCCCCCGGUUCGUGGGGAGGAACCUCGCGAUGGGGGUGCAGAUGAUUCAAGUGAUUCAAAUCACCCAUCACGAAAUCAAGAUCAGAAACAAAAGAUUGCUGAACGGAUGUUAAGCUGGCGCAUGAAUUAUGGGCGCGGAGAAGAUGUCUCAGGUCCAAAAUAUGACAGCGGAUUAAGUGGGGAGCUUCCGAGGAAUCAUAUGUCAUUACACGCUCAUGGCCGUGCUGUAUGUCACUUCUCUGUUUUUUGUUCUAGUUUAUGUUGCCAUUUAAAAUUUUUACUCUUUUAUUUUCCUAAAUUGUCUAAAUUAAAUAAAGUCUUCACCCUCUCUCUUUGCAGCAUUCAGGAGAAUUGCCAGCAGCAUCCCCUGACCAUCAUAUGAUGUCCCCUGGUGGGAAGCGGAUCCACCCAAUUCCUUAUACAGAUGCAAAUCAGUCGCGUAUGUUUCUUUCUUCUUUUUUUAUUUUUUUAUUUACUAUUUAUGACUUACCACAUGGUGCACGGGAUUUCUCUUGUCGACACUAAGUGUCUAAAUCGAUCUUCUUCAUGUGGCCAGCAAAUGUAAGGGUAAUAGAUUCAUCCAGAGAGUUCUCUGGCGGACUGGGAAAUGUUGCUUGGAAAGAGAGGGUCGAUGGCUGGAAGAUGAAGCAGGAUAAAAGUUCAGUUCACGGGCAUACCAUGACUAAUGGCACAAGCCAUGCUCCUUCAGAAGGCAGGGGAACUGUAGAUAUCGAUGCGACUACUGAUUAUAACAUGGAUGAUGCUUUGCUGUGAGUUCUGCAAUUCUCCGGACAUAAUUUCUCCAAUCAUAUGCUUCGUUAUUGUUGUGAUAUUAUAUAGCGUAUUUAUGGAUCGAAACACAUUUACCGGUCCUGACAAUCAGAUCAGUUGAUUUCUGGUUCUCAAUGUCUUGUAUAUGAUUACAAUUCAUGGUUGGGGAAUUUUAUGACGUGAUAACUUGUAGAAAAUUAGUUCCACCUCGUGAAAACGAAAUAACUUGAAAGCAGGGCUGUCAAAUGGGUCUCCGAUAAUCCUAGGGUUAAUUUUUUAUAUAAUUAAUACGCCAUCGUUUUUUUUUACUAAGGUUUCAAGUUUGUAUUAGUAGGCAUAUUUUCGGUAUUUCCUGCCACAUCCACGCAAACGAUUUGGUGGUACUGGUACUACUUUUAAACAAGUGCAUUUGUAUACUUCAUACCGGGAUGGAAGGGUUUUGAUUAUUACUCUGCCCAUCAAACUGUCUUAUAGAUUGCGUGAACAACUCCAGAGAAGUAAUCCAAGGCCAUAGUUUGUUUACAUGCAUAUAGAUAUGUGUCGGACUUCCUGAGGUUAAGUUUAUAAUGUUCAGAUCAAAUAUAGUGCAUGAAAUAUUUCUUUGCCUGUUUAGCUACAGAAUAGGUUUAGUCCUAAAUCUUUUUUUUGGAUAAUAAUUCAAAGCGGUAUUUUUCUAGUUCUUAGUAUUAAUUAUUCCGUUAUUGCAGGAAUGAUGAAGCACGUCAGCCUCUUUCAAGGAAGGUGCCUAUUCCUUCAUCUAGGAUAAACCCAUACAGAAUGGUCAUUAUUCUGCGGCUCUUUAUUCUCAGCAUUUUCCUGCACUAUCGGUUGACGAAUCCUGUCCGCAAUGCCUAUCCUUUGUGGCUGUUAUCUGUGAUAUGUGAGAUUUGGUUUGCCAUUUCCUGGAUAUUGGACCAGUUUCCCAAGUGGUUUCCAAUAAACCGUGAGACUUAUCUUGAUAGGCUUUCCUUGAGGUGAGCACUGCUCUAUUAUUGCUUCUUUAUCUGUCAGACUGUCCAUAUAGUUGUUCUAAUUACGGGUCUAUGUUUAUAAACAGGUAUGACCGGGAAGGAGAACCUUCUCAGUUGGCUGCCGUGGAUAUUUUUGUCAGUACAGUCGACCCUCUGAAAGAGCCACCUCUUGUGACCGCGAAUACAGUGCUAUCAAUCCUUGCUGUUGAUUAUCCUGUUGACAAAGUCUCUUGCUAUGUCUCUGACGAUGGUGCUGCAAUGCUGACAUUUGAAGCUUUAGCUGAAACAUCUGAAUUUGCUCGGAAAUGGGUACCUUUCUGCAAGAAAUAUACCAUCGAACCAAGAGCUCCUGAAUGGUAUUUCGCCCAAAAAGUUGACUACUUAAAGGAUAAAGUCCACCCAUCAUUUGUGAAGGACCGCAGAGCCAUGAAGGUAGGCGGCCGUUCUCUCCGUUCUCUCCUUUUAAAAAGUACCUCUUCUGUGGUUCCUCUCGCAAAUUAUUGAACCUGUUGUUGGUGCCCAAUUGUGCGAUACAGAGGGAAUAUGAAGAAUUUAAGGUUCGUGUCAAUGGUCUCGUUGCAAAGGCACAAAAAAUUCCAGAUGAGGGAUGGAUCAUGCAAGACGGCACACCUUGGCCUGGAAACAAUACUCGGGAUCACCCUGGCAUGAUUCAGGUGUGUAGAUAUUUAAUGGUUGAGCUGAUGCUUCUCAGAACUAUUAAUUUAAAUGAUUAUUCACCACUGCUAUCAUCUUUCUUCGCAUAGAAAAAUUAGCAUCUAAUCAUAGUUCUACAUAUUUUGUUGUACAUUUCGAGGACAUUUGGAACAUCGCCUUUAUCUCAUAAUUCAAGAGAUAUCUCCCUCACUCUUUAAUUAUCAAGUAUCAUCCAUCUACUCCAAAAUAGUGGAAACUCGUAAAUGAGAAACUUUUUUUAAAAAAAAAUUAUCAUAUAUUUUCACUCAUAGUUCCUUAUUUUGGUUAAUUUUCCUUCAUUAAAUAAUCAGGGUGGUUAUUCUACUGGAGGCAGCUCCAUUGCAGAUUCAUUUGCGGAAUGAUGCCCAUCACCGUCUGCUAAUCAUCCAAUUUUCGCAGGUUUUCCUGGGUCAAAAUGGAGGGCUGGACACCGAUGGCAAUGAACUUCCAAGAUUGGUGUAUGUUUCUCGUGAAAAGCGUCCUGGAUUCCAACACCACAAGAAGGCCGGUGCGAUGAAUGCUCUGGUGAGUAGCCAAAUCGAAUACACUCAAUUGGUUUGAACUCGUGAGCCUGCCAUUUUGUCCAGCCUGCAAUGGUUAAUCUUGCUGCAAAUGUACAGGUCCGAGUCUCAGCAGUCCUCACCAAUGGUCCCUAUUUAUUGAAUCUCGAUUGUGAUCACUAUAUUAACAACAGCAAGGCCUUGAGGGAGGCCAUGUGCUUCCUCAUGGAUCCAAAUCUCGGAGGAUCCGUCUGCUACGUACAGUUUCCUCAGAGAUUCGAUGGAAUCGACAGGAACGAUCGUUAUGCCAACCGAAACACCGUGUUCUUUGACGUAAGUUUGUUGUGCACAUCAUUUUAUAUAUAUAUAUAUAUGUAAGGAAAAUAAAUGGUGGAUAUGAAUUCACUUCUGCCAGAAACCAUGUGGUCCAUUGGAGAGUGUCUGGGCUAGUUUUCUCUGCGCUCAUGUCUUCUAACUCCUUCCUCCUCGUGCGAUCCAGAUAAACUUGAGAGGUCUUGAUGGUAUCCAAGGGCCUGUUUAUGUGGGCACGGGAUGCGUCUUCAACAGGACAGCCUUGUAUGGCUACGAACCCCCGGUCAAAAAUAAGAAGAAGAACAACAAGGCCAGCUUUUUCUCAUCAUGCUGCGGUGGAUCAAGGAAGAAGGGCUCAAAGUACAACAAGAACUCUGAUAAGUCAAACAAGAAAGUGGAUAGCACUGUGCCGGUCUUCACCCUGGACGACAUAGAAGAGGGAGUUGAAGGUAUGCACGGUCAACGAUCCUGCCACGCACGCAGCUCUCAUGGGCUUUCCCAUUCAUCCCGCCUUUCCAUCUUCCAGGUGCUGGAUUUGACGACGAAAAGUCGUUGAUCAUGUCACAAAUGAGCCUGGAGAAGAGGUUCGGCCAGUCGUCUGUCUUCGUUGCGUCCACGCUCAUGGAGAAUGGCGGCGUCCCUCAAUCUGCCACCCCGGACGUUCUUCUGAAAGAAGCAAUCCAUGUUAUCAGCUGUGGGUACGAAGACAAGUCGGACUGGGGAAGUGAGGUACGCAUGAAAUCAUUCAGCCUGGGCAAUAUGAUAAUAAAUAAAUAAUCUUUAAUUAUUUUAUACUGACAAGCGAUGAUUAAUCUGACUGCAGAUCGGGUGGAUCUACGGGUCCGUGACGGAAGAUAUUCUGACGGGGUUCAAGAUGCACGCUCGCGGGUGGCGGUCCAUCUACUGUAUGCCGAACCCCCCGGCCUUCAAAGGGUCCGCCCCGAUCAACCUGUCGGACCGUCUGAACCAGGUGCUCCGAUGGGCUCUGGGUUCCGUCGAGAUUCUCCUCAGCCGCCAUUGCCCCAUAUGGUACGGCUAUGGCGGAAGGCUCAAGUUCCUGGAGAGAUUCGCCUACGUCAACACCACCAUUUACCCCGUCACUGCUAUCCCGCUCAUCAUCUACUGCACCCUCCCCGCCAUCUGUCUCCUCACCGGCAAGUUCAUCAUCCCCCAGGUGCGCCUCUCUCUAGCUCUUUCUCUCUCUAGAACCCACCCCUCUCGGAGGCUUCCAGUUUGAUUCGGAUCUUCUGCUUGACUUGUUGCAGAUCAGCAACUUUGCUAGUAUCUGGUUCAUAUCUCUCUUCCUGUCGAUCUUCGCCACGGGUAUCCUGGAGAUGAGGUGGAGCGGGGUGGGAAUCGAGGAGUGGUGGAGGAACGAGCAGUUCUGGGUCAUCGGCGGCGUCUCCGCUCACCUCUUCGCCGUCUUCCAAGGCCUCCUCAAAGUGCUCGCCGGCAUCGACACCAACUUCACCGUCACCUCCAAGGCCUCCGACGAGGACGGCGACUUUGCAGAGCUCUACAUGUUCAAGUGGACGACGCUGCUUAUCCCCCCCACCACGCUGCUCAUCAUCAACCUCGUCGGCGUGGUCGCCGGCAUCUCCUACGCCGUCAACAGCGGCUACCAGUCAUGGGGGCCCCUCUUCGGCAAGCUCUUCUUCGCCUUCUGGGUCAUCGUCCAUCUUUACCCUUUCCUCAAGGGUCUAAUGGGCCGGCAGAACCGCACCCCCACCAUCGUAGUCGUCUGGUCAAUCCUCCUCGCCUCCAUCUUCUCCCUCCUGUGGGUCCGCAUUGACCCAUUCACCACCCGGGUCACCGGCCCAGACGUGGAGCAGUGUGGCAUCAACUGCUAG